AUGUCUAAUCAGGGCAUCUGUAAAAAUAAUCGCUUGCCCACGUACUUCAACAUCCAAGCUACCGUACCACCUGACCCGGACUCUUGGUUCCACUUAGAGACUAAACGGUUGACUAAGACUGGAGGCCCUGUCUACUCGUCUAGUACCAGUCUGAAGCAGGAGCAAUGCGAAUGCUUGUAUGAAUGCACAAGGGUCAUGUUUCAACAUCCUGGAACUUCGCCGCGUACAAGGAAGAUCUCUAGCGGGUUUCGUGAACUUAACUAUCCAGGUUCUACAGGAGUCGUCAGCUCUGGAGGCACUAAGCAGCAGACCUACAGGCAGGGUAAACAGAAGCAAUCCUCACAGACAGGUUCAAAUUUGUUCUCCCGGUUCUGGAAAUACCGGGGCUUAGAUAUGAAAAAUGAUGAUAAUGGCAAAAUUAGAUUGGUACGCAGAUGGUCUCUUGUUGAGGUGUUUAGCACUCGGAAACGCAAUGAUGUAGGGAGCCGAUUAGGCUUCAGGCAUGCAAAGUCGCCAGAAGAUACAUUGGCCGAAAGUUUAAGUCCCAUAGAAUCAUCGAAGUCGAACGAAAACAUUCCAAAUGAAUUUUUCUUUAAUCGUCUCCUAAAAACCCGACUUUCCGUAAUGCCUCAAAUGGACGAACUUAUGUACGCUUUAUUCAACCCGCAAAUGCACAAAUUCUGCUUCUUCUAUGCCGUCAAAUACCUUUUUGAAUUUCUUGCUGACAAAGCGAGUGAAUUUCAAAUCUCAGAUCAGAAUAUCCUCCACUCGUGGAAGUCCAACUGGUAA